CCAGUGCCAUGGGCUACGUGUCCUUCGUGAAGAGAACUCGAGUGCUGCUCUGCAUCCAGAACCAGCUGGCACGAGAGUGCCUGGCUGAGCUGCUGGCUGUCUUCAUGCUCAUUCUGAUCACGCUGGGCGGUGCAGCACAGAUGGUCACCAGCUCCGGGACCAAAGGGAACAUCAUCACCUCCUCGCUGGCGGGCGCGCUGGCCGUCAUGGUGGCCAUCUACACAGCGGGGGGGGUCUCUGGGGCUCACCUGAACCCGGCUUUCUCCCUCUCCAUGUCCCUGCUGGGGCAGCUCCCGUGGUGGAAGUUCCCCAUCUUUGUGGCCGUGCAGACCUUCGGGUCCUUCAUCGCCGCCGCCACCGUCUACGCUCUGUAUUACGAUGCCAUCUGGUCCUACAGCAACGGGACCCUCACCACCUCUGGGCCACGGGAGACGGCCUCCAUCUUCGCCACGUACCCCGCUGAGCACCUCUCCCUUCCCAAUGGCUUCCUGGACCAGGUUCUGGGCACGGCGGUGCUGAUCGUGGGCAUCUUGGCCAUCACCGACACCCGCAACCGCGCCGUGCCGCGAGGCCUGGAGCCGCUGGCCGUGGCGCUGCUGGUGCUCGCCAUCGAGGUUUCCAUGGGCUCCAACUGCGGCAGCCCCAUGAACCCAGCGCGGGACUUCGGCCCGCGGCUCUUCACGUUGGCAGCAGGAUGGGGCACCGAGGUGUUCAGCAGGGGCAGCGCGUGGUGGUGGGUGCCGGUGGUGGCCCCGCUGGUGGGGGCCGCGCUGGGCACUGGGCUCUAUCAGCUCUUCGUGGCCUUCCACCACCCCGAGGAGGAAGAGGAGGACGGCGGGCGAGCACGCAGGCAGACCAAGCACUGACAGCCCCGAGUGCUGGGGAUGAGUCCAUUAAAGAGCCGAGCCGCGGCUGCCGCGUGUCCGUGCCGUGGGGCGGCGGGGCUGGGAGGGGGGGCUGGGGGCUGCUCCCCAACGCCUGAACGUCUUUAUCAAUGAUACCAACGAGGGAAUCGGGUGCACCCUCAGCAAGUUUGCUGAUGACACCGAGCUGAGAGGUGCGGGUGACACGGUGGAAGGAAGGGCUGCCAUGCAGAGGGGCCUUGGGAGGCUGGAAAGGUGGGACUGGGUGAACCUGAUGAGGUUCAGCAUGGCGAAGUUUGGCAGGAAGAAUCCCAGGCACUGAUACAGGCUGGAAGGAGCAGCCAUGGAGAGCAGCCCUGCAGAGAAGGACCUGGGGGAACUGAGGGGUGGAAAGCUGAACGUGAGGCAGCAGGGCGUGAUUGCAGCUGGGAAAGCAAAUGGG